CUCGUGGCUCAGCAGGUGUCUUUGUUACUGACUGUUGUUCAUGGUUCGGAGGUGGCCUGGGACUGAAGGGAGGCUCAGAGUCAGUCUGACUGUAUUCAGACUGUGUUCCUACCAGUCUGCCUGUGUGACUGUAUAUCUGACUGUCUCACUGACCGUCUACCUGUCUGUCUGCUCACUGCUGCUUCUGACCGACUGCACAGAACGUCACCUCCAGGCAACCAGUGUGAACCCACAGCAUUACUCUCGCUCACUCACAUUCAUAUCCACUGUUAAACCUGCCAACACCACUUCUGACUUUUCUAACUUCAUGUUCAUUAGAAUCAGAAGACGAACAGCCGACAGGACUUUUUUAUUAUCUGUGAACCUUCAUCAUCUCUCUUCAUUUCAGACACACACUCAACUGAGGCGCAAAAUUAUGCAAAAAUACAAAGAAUUAAAAAAAACACCUCAAUUCACUGCUAAAGAGCCCAUUCAAGAAAAAUCAGACAGAUAAAUGGCUUUUCUGAUCAUACACAUCAGUACCUCUGCACUCUCUCCAAGCUCCACUGCUGCUAAUUAUUUCCUCCAUUAAUUAAUUCCAUCCAUAAAAUGUCAGACAACAGUGAAAAUGCCAAAGUGACACAAUGCAAAUGUUUUUAUUUCAUCUGUAAUCUGAAGAUCUUCAGUUUCUAAUCAGAUCAGACAAAGAAAAACAGCAAAUCAUCACAGUUUAGAAGCAGAAACCAGCUGAUUGUUUCACGUUUCUGCUUUAAAAAUCUAAAUCACCCAAAAAACCGACUGAGGCCCUUUGCUGCAUCUCAUCCUCUCUCUCUCUCUUCCCUGACUCAUCGUCUCUCUCCCACUGUCCCUGUCAUGAUAAGGACAAAAAUUACCAAACAAAUAACUUAAAAAAAAAAAAAAAAUCACCCAAAUGAUUAAUUAAUUAUCAAUUAUCAACUGUGAUCCUGCAGAUAUCUUCUAUUAUUCUCUUUGUAUGUCACUUUAAAUCCACUUUAAAUCUAAUGAUCAUUAAAGUUUUCUGAUAUAAAACGUCUCUUUCAUCAGUAACAAUCAGCGUCUUUGUUUAUUUAAUCUCGUCCUGUCAGAAGCAUCGAUGCACCAGCCGGGACUCUCCCAGGCAGAGCCCGCGCUGCUCUACCCCCCUGCUCUGUCCCCAGACCCGGUCAGCCCGCUGACUCACCUGGGGACGCUGCUGGCCGGACACGAUGCGCCGAGGACCGGGACCGGGACCGGGAACGGAUGGGACGGGAGACUGGACCCGGGGUUUCAAGGCUGUCAGCUACUGGGAAUGACAAGGGAACCAGGAAGAGAAGCCCAUGCAGACCAGAGCAUCAUCAUCCUGCACGCCAAGGUGGCUCAGAAGUCCUACGGCAACGAGAAAAGGUUCUUCUGCCCUCCUCCUUGUGUUUACAUCAGCGGCCGUGGAUGGAGGGUCAUGCAGGACCAUCUGAAAGCUGCUGGUUAUGGAGACGCUGUGUAUCGAGUGUGUGGUUACAUGUGUCUGGACAGCUCCACGCAGUCUCAGGCAGACACGUUCAAACUGAUCUUCGAUGAGCAGCCAAACUCCGGGCAGAUGUUUGCCUGUGCCAAGUCCCUGUUCAUCUCUGACCAGGACAAGAGGAAACACUUCCGCCUGUUGCUGCGACUCUUCUUGGGCAACAGACAGGAAGUGGGUUCGUUCCAGAGCAGAAUGAUCAAAGUCAUCUCCAAACCGUCGCAGAAGAGACAGUCCAUGAAGAACGCCGACCUGUGUAUCUCCUCGUGCUCCAGAGUAGCUUUGUUCAACCGCCUCCGCUCUCAGACGGUCAGCACUCGUUACCUCUCCGUGGACAGAGGAGCGUUUGUGGCCAGCGCCCGACAGUGGACAGCCUUCACCAUCACCAUGGUGGAGGACCAGCGUGCUGACCAAGGAGACUUUGUGCUGAGCGAAGGCUUCAUCUGUUACGGCUGUGUGGUCCAGUUAGUGUGUACUGAGUCUGGACUCGCUCUGCCACCCAUGGUGAUUCGUAAGGUCAACAAGCAGUACGCCAUCUUAGACGUGGACGAGCCGGUUUCUCAGCUCCACAAAUGCGCCUUCCAGUUCAGAGACAAUCCUCACGCCUACCUGUGUUUAUCUAAUGACACCAUCAUGCAGUACCAGGCUCCCUCCAGCGUCAGAGACCCCAGCAGAGAGGUGCUGAACGACGGAUCCUGCUGGACCAUCAUCGGAGUGGAAACAGUGGAAUUCACCUUUAAUCAGGGAAUGGCCUGUAUCCAGACUCCAGUCAGUCCUUUUCCUGUUAUUACAGGGUUAGAGGUGAAUGGUGGAGGACACGUUGCCAUGCUGGAAAUCCAUGGAGAAAACUUCAGCCCUCAUCUCAAAGUGUGGUUUGGCAGCAGCGAGGCCGAGACCAUGUUCAAGUCUCCCAAAUCUCUGCUCUGCGUCGUCCCUGACGUCUCCGUCUUCAGUGACGGCUGGCGCUGCCUGCGUCGCGUCAUCACCGUCCCCCUGUCCCUCAUCCGACUGGACGGCCUGAUUUAUCGCACGACGUUCAGCUUCACCUACACCCCCGAGCUCCACCCGUCGGCGCCUGUCCGAGGAGGAGGAGCUGGAGGAGGGAAGAGAGACGGAGGGACGGGCGGAGGACAGGAGGACGACGUCCUGUUAGAGACCAUCCAUCAGGAGUUCACCAGAGCCAAUUUCCACCUCUUCAUGUGACGCCAGCGACUGUCCUCAGGUGAAGUCUGAUCAUCAGGUGGAGCUCACAGCAGGAGGCUGCGGUUGGGGUUAUUGAUCAAUAUUGAUCCUGUAUCAGUGAACUAUGCAACAGGGAAGCCACAGUUUCCCUCUGUGUCCUGUUAAUCUUGGAUCAUGUUUAUUGGAUCAGAAUAUUAGGUACGCUGCAAAUCCUGUCAGAACCACCUGUCAACAGGAUCAUUAGAAAUACAUGAUGCACACAUAUCACCCUUAUUAUUC